GUGCAGUCAAGAAGCUGCUGUCUUCAAUGCUAUAGAGUCUGUUAUUUUUUGCUGUUGAUAAACAGUGGUCAGGCCCUGGAGUACUUCUGUGACAAUUGCUGGGCACAUCACUGAAAUAUAUAUAUUUUGUUUAAUUGAUAAACUGCCUUGGAUGUUUGCAAGAUCACCAAAGGAGUCGGCUCCUGUGCAAGAGUACUUAGUUGCAGGAGUGAGGAUUUGUUGAAAUGCUUGCUGACCUUGCAAGGACAAAGAUCCCUUAGAGCCAAUAAUCAGAGCUUCAGCCGUGGAGAUUACUCAGGGAAGUACAUCAUACUGUGUUUGAGAGCUGGAUCUCCACGGAGCCGAUGGAAAGUCAGCCCCCACUUUAUAGCAGCUAAAUGGAAGAACCAGAGGACAACAUGGUCCAAGUUCGCAAAUCCCAUAAAGUGGAACAAAUGGUAUCAAAGUGGCUUCACCUUACACGAGAUAGUUCACACAGGAAUCGAGCUGCUGCUGAUGAAGUGUCUGCUAAUACAAACCAGCUAGACGUCCCGAUAACAGUGACAGUAAAGAUUAACAAAGAUCCACUGCUGGAUUACGGAUUUCUUCUAUCAAAAGAUACACCAACAUGUGUGAAGUCUAUCAGUGCAGGUGGACCAGGAGAGGGAAAGCUGUUCCCAGGAGAUCAGGUUAUAAAGAUUAACAAUAUACCUCUGGACUCUAUUUCCCAAGAACAUAUAGACAAUAUUAUCAGGGAAUGUGGUAACUCAAUUGCAGUCACCGUACUUCGAAAUACCUCAGGGCCCAAAUCAUCAUUUAUUACUGAAGAAAAACGAGCCAGGUUGAAAAGCAACCCAGUCAAAGUACGGUUUGCUGAAGAAGUGAUCGUCAAUGGCCAUACACAGGGUAACUCACUUCUGUUCAUGCCUAAUGUCCUCAAGGUGUAUUUGGAAAAUGGACAGACUAAAGCCUUUAGAUAUGAAAAAAAUACAACAGUGAAGGAUAUCAUUCUAACCUUGAAAUCAAAGUUGUCCAUCCGCUGCAUUGAAUACUUUGCAUUAGUUUUGAAGGAGCAGUUCAGUGCUACUAAAGUCUAUCUCUUACACGAGGAUGAGAUAAUUGAACAGGUCGUACAGAAGCGAGAAGCACGUGACUAUAAAUGCAUCUUCAGGGUGUGCUUCUUGCCAAGAGAUCCUCUGGUGGUUUUACAAGCUGAUCCAGUUACCUUUAAUUACCUCUAUGUGCAGAGUUGCAAUGAUGUACUGCAGGAGAAAUUUGCAAUGGAGAUGAAAUGCAACACUGCAAUCCGCCUCGCAGCAUUGCAGAUUCAGGAAUGCAUCCUCAGCUCCAAGCAGUCUCAGAAAAUCUCCAUGAAGUAUAUUGAGAGGGAUUGGGGAAUUGAGAACUUUGUCUCGCCAACUCUGCUUCAUAACAUGAAGGAAAAAGAUGUUAGAAAAGCAAUUAAUUAUCACCUGAAGAACAAUUAUAGCUUGAUUUCACCAGGACAAACGCAACUGAUAUCGACAGCUCAGACCCAGCUGAACUAUCUAAACAUACUGAGUAACCUUCGAACAUAUGGUGGAAAGACCUUUAAUGCAACCCUGAUGUUGCAGGAUAGAGAAUCAUUUGUUACAUUGUUGGUGGGAGCCAAAUAUGGUAUCAGCCACAUAAUUAACAGCAAGCUUAACAUUAUGGACCAGUUAACAAACUUCAACAACAUCAGAAAGCUGGAGUUGACCUUUGAAUGUGACAAGGUCAGCAUGGUGAACAUCUACCUGCAUAAUAUGAAGUCCCUGACAUUGUUACUGGAAUCUCACCAUGCUAAAGAUCUUGUAUGUUUCAUCGCUGGCUCUCAUAGGCUAUAUGUGAACUCUGGAGACUCCAUAUUCACCUGGCCUGGCAAUUAUCAAAGUCAGCUGCUUACCACUGAGGAAGGUGAUGAGACACGAGGACUGAGCGAUUCAGAGUCAUCAUCAGACAUUGACACAUCGGUGGACACAUCUGUCCACAGACUAAGAAAUGGGUUCACACAGUCGCUGAAUGAAGAAGAUGAAGAUGCCAAGAACUCGGAAAGUGAGGCUACCGACAGUGAUUACAUGCGGGAGGAUGUCCUGGAAGAGACCAGUUGCAGUAUAGGAUCAGACCUUAAUGAUGAAACAAGUCAGGGAGGUGACACUUGUGAAACAAGCUGUUCUGCUGACUCUCUGGAAGAAUUGCAGAUGGAGACUUCAACGAGCAGCAUAUCAGGUCUGCAUUCGUACGAUGACUUGUCCGAAGAGGAUGAUAAAGAUUCUGCGACUGCCGAGAGUGAAAGUGAGCCAGUUAUGAAGAAGCAUUGUACAUUGCAAUCUAAAACCAGCUUUCCUCAGCUUUCAAUUGAAUCUUUGACCUCCACUCAGACCUCUGAGUGUGACAAAACUGAUAUGAAGGAAUUGGUGACUUGUUACUCAACCGACCUCAGUCCAAGUAAGGAUCAUUCCACUGCAGAAAGCUGGGAUCAGUGUGCCGAAGAUGUGGAUGGGAGCACCAUACAAGGGAACAUAUUUUGGAAUUUGACAUACCACAAUAUGGCCACAGAGUUACCACCCAUUCCUUCCCCAGUUGAUGAUGGGGAUGCAUCCGAUUUAAAGUCUGCGUGUAUGAAGGGGAUUGAAGAGAAAUGGAAUAUGCAGACACCUCCAAGUUAUUAUGAGAGCACAAAUGGCAUUGAGUCUGCGGAAAGUAUUAAAGAUACAAAUGAAGUAGCAGAACAUGUAAUGAAUACAAAAAAGGGACACUUUGAUCCUAAGGACAUUUAUGAUGCAAAACCUGAACUAUCCCAGCUUUACUCAAACAAAGUUGAAGAUCUCCUGUGUUGUCAUGACAGGGAUGAUCUUGUAUCAAGAAAGCAGCAAUUGCCAUUUCCCUCUUCAGUGGCAGGUAUGGAGACCAAAGCUUCCUUAUUGAAACAUAAGCCAUUGAAGCCAUGCUCUGUCAGCAUCAAUAAAAAGGCAGCACCUAGCUUAAUGGAAAUGGAGCCUGAUAGCAUGGAAAUUAAAUCAGUUACAGAAGCAAUAACAGUCAUCACUACAGUUUCAGCUACACGCUACCCAUGUGAUACAGGCUCUAAAAUUGGCUACACUUCAAAAACAGAUGGUUCUGAAAUGGUUGAAAGUAUAAGUGAACCUUUCACUGAUGUGAAACCACCCAAAACAGCUUGUUCCAAUAUUGAGCAAUCUCAAAGUUCUUCAGAAGUAAUUGUUGAGCUUGGAGACUUAUCCGUUCACAACUCGAUAAAAGAUAAGGCACACUUUGUUACCACUGCAGCCUGUACUGAUGAACAACGAACCCUGAACACAGUUAACAUGAUAAGCAAAGACCAAGGUGUUGUUAUUGUCAAAGGCAGUGUAGUCCUGGAACAGGUAGAUUAUACGUAUGGCCCACAGUCAGACUUAGAUCAAAAUGGAACUGCACUUAGACUUGCAUCAUAUGAAACAGACCUCAAACAGAAUACAGGCACUUACAAGGAAGAAUCUGACAACUAUGACAAAGGAGAAUCAUGUUAUCAAAAAAGCAAUUGCAGUAUAACUUCACAAAAACAUUUGGUGAUGUUCAACAGAUAUCAAGAAGAUUUCCCAGAAAUGUCAGUAUUGGAUGAGGGAGUAUCUGACAAGAGAGUCUCCUCCAUGGGAGACAUAAAUGUGCAUUCCCUCGACAUGAACAGAUUGGUUUUGAACUUAAAUUGCAUGUCCUUUAAGACAUUUGGCACAGUCAAACAUUUGUCAUCACCAACCUUGGAACCAAAUAUGGAAAUUUUCUCAGUAAGGCCCCCAAACAGUUCUAGCUUUCACGGGGAACAUGAGAAAAAGAACCAAUCAAAAUCUGAAUGGAAUUGCUGGAAACAACUUGAGUCAAUUAUACAUCCCACACAAACAAACAUAGAUAACCCCAAUGCAACACUGGUUUCCCCAGGGGAUGAAAAUGCUUCCUAUAAAGGAAUCUCACAAAUACAUAAAUCAAAGCUACUUUAUGAAGUAGCCUACUCACCAAUUCAGAAAACUCCAGCACUAGUAAGUGAAUGUCCCCCUGCCAAAUCCAACAGCCACAAAGAACCAGAAGAGGAGCUAGGUUUGAGCUGUGGAGAAUUGGUCAUGCCUACGAUGGAUACAAUGAAUAAAGAGCUCUCAACAAGUGGAAUGGAAGCAUGUAGCUGCCAGGUGGUAUAUGGAAAUUGUUUCAGAGCAUUAGGCAUCGAUGCUAAUAAUGAAAACAAAGAAGUAGAAAGUCUCAAACAGCGACCUUCUCCAAGGACCACCCCACCUGAUUCAGGAAACCCAUUGCCUCAAAUCUUCACUACAUCUAUUAAACAAGGUGAAGAAAGCACGGCAGCCGACCAUUACUUUGGUGUUCCUGAAGGUGACACUGCUGUGAAGAAUGCAAGUCUGGCCUUGUUACUACUAAAAGAUAAAAUAUACAACAUGCCCAAUGGAUUCAGGCUGGUGCAUAAUGAUAUUGUGGAGUUGCUCGAUAUUUUGAAGGAAUGUCCCAGAGAAAGACAUGCAGAGGAAGUUUGUAUAGCACUUCCCUCAUUUACCAAACAGAAACUCUAUAGUGAGUGCAGAAAGUUAAUGUCUGCCUGUCAAAAGUGUGUGAAAGUAAAUCAGACUCCUGAUGAGAUGAUCCUUGGGGUUUCAGAAAGUUUCCGGGCCCUCUCACAGCUAACCGGGACAUGCUUCCAACUUACAAGCUGCCUACAUUGUGCAAAGGCCCACGCAGAAGUGAACAGUAACUUGAGAAAAGUUGUCAUGAUUUAUAAAAUCUUUGCGCAAGCCUCUGAGGAUGCAUGUGGCAAAAUGUCAGAUGAUUUAAGCAUGAAAUGUCUGGCUGAGCAAUGUGCUGCUAUAUCUGCAAGGGUUUUCAGUCUGAACCAUUUGUUCACAACUAAUUCAUUGUUAAAAUAGAAGGUAUUGUCGACAUGGGAGAAUACAAUUACAAUUCCUAAAAGAUAACAGAGUGGUACACUACCAAUCCUUGCAAGCAACAUGUGUGUCAUACAACGUGACACUGUGCUAAAAGUCAUAUGGUCUGUGCCAAUAAGGACUUAUUGUUAAAGAUGGAAGACAAUGUCAUAUUUUGAUAUUAACAUAGUUUUCUCAGUAGCUGCUUGCUCAUGCAGAAUUUCGAUGUAUAUCAUAGAAAAAGUGGUUAAUUACUAAGAUGCUGACCUUUCAUCCAUAUAACUGAGUUCUGAGUUCAAUCCAUUGAAUUAGGGUGAACAUUUCUUCCCAGCUCUGAUUGUAAAGGUUUUAGAGUUAUUAUGUUUUAUGGGAUAUAAUUCUUGUUCCUAAAGGAAAAUAGGUCAUGCCGUAAAAUUCCUAAACAUUUGGAAUGAAUCAGCAUGCAAUAUUUGUCUGCUGCUUGCGUGUGUCUGUGCACAAGCAUCCACCUGUGUGCAUGAGUCUGAGCAUGUGUGUGCGCAUGUGUGCGAGUGCAUAUGUGUGUGGUUAUGACUACAAUGAUGUCUAUAUGGAUGUGGGUGUGUGAGUUGCAUUGUCUGACAGUAAUGGUGGUGAGUUAUUAUGAAAGUAGGCAAAAUAGAGGGAAUAUGGCGUUAUUGGUCAACAACUAACUUAGAUGCUGUCUUUCUUGAUGUGUUUGGUAAUAGAAAUAUGUGUAAUAACCUAGAGAAAGAAUGUUUCACAUGUUGAUGCUGACAUCUUUCGUUUUACUGGAGAUAAAUAUGACAAUUACAAAGUACUGCUCCUAUUUCUAUUUCAUUUCAUUGAGUGGUAGAGAAUGGAUUUCCACCUGAGGAAUGGAACAAGCUGUGCUUCCCAUCACUUGGUAAGACUCACCUGAAAGCUUUAUCCAAAGAGUUGAUAUAAGUCAUGUGAUUGUGUGUACAGCUUCAUGAAAAUGGGCAAAGUUCAUUUUAGGUCAAUGUGGAAAGUGAAGUGGAUUUUCAUCUUUAUGGAUGGAAAUUGUUGUUCCAUGAAUAAUUUGGUCUGAAAACCACUUCCUAACCUCAAGCCGAUGGUUAGAUCUUGAUAGAAGCUUCUACUUAUCAGGAAACAUUGUGAAAAUGUUAGAGAUUCUUCUGUUGUUUCCCUUAAAAUUUGUGAGCCUGGGGGUGACGUUGUGAUGUAUGUGAUCCAGACAUGAUUUAACCAUAUAAUUUAUGGUCAUGUUGUUAAAUACAGUAUGAAGGUCAGGAUGUUCUAACUGAAUGUAGCAACAAGAACAUCAACUGCAAUCUCCCAACCUGUUCUGCCUUCAAAUACCAGCCACUAUAUGGGAUGGCGAGUGGUGAAUUAUUUGUGGUGCUCUAUGGAAUAUUCUACUAAAGAAUGUCAGAAAUUCUACUAAAGGCAUAAAGGCAUAAAGUAUAUUCCUUGUUUUUCAUUCAUUUACUCAAAUGUCCUACAAUCUCCUCAAAACAUUAUAAAAUAAAAUGAAAAUAAUUCCAUCAUUGUAUACAGUAAAUAUUGUUAUUGUUCAAAACUCAGUGUUGCAGUAGUACAUUAAAUAGAGAAUUAUUUUCUCUUUCAACAUUAAUUCAAACAAAUAGACUUUUGGCCCUAUAAUUUAAAUGCUGAUUCUUUAUGCGCUGUUGCAUUUAUUUUCAGUAAAUUUCCAGAGUGUAGUUUCCCACUAUCUCCCAAUUCCCUGGAAGUCACUGUGAACCCUGCUUGCACAGCUUGUUCAGGAUUUUCCUAUUCUUUCACUACAUUUACAAAGACAAGGGUUUUGAUCUCUUGCAGAAAGUUGCUCCAUUGAGUCGAGGUUGGACAAACUUAGAUUUUCUCAGGUACGCAGGAGGUUGAAGGGAGACCUGAUAUAAAUAAACAAAAUUGUCAUAGGGUAGACGAUCAGAACCUUUUUCCCAGGGUAUAAAUGCCAAAGAUAGAGGGCAUAGCUUUAAGUUCAGAGGGGUAAAGUAUCAAGGAGAUGUAUUGGGCAAGUUUUUUACACAGUGGGUGGUGGUGCCUGAAACGCGCUGCCAGGGGUGGUGGUGGUGGCAGAUGCAA